AUGGCAAACGAUGGUUUUAGUUUUGUCGAAGAUCUCAGUGUGGCUAGCGACUUUUUCAACAUGAAGGCCCGAAUAAUACGUAAGAAAAUACAAGCACAAUGUAAGAACAUGUUGUUGUCUGAUUUUGGGCAAUAUCUUAAAGAAGACUCCACCAUUGUCAUUCGAAGGUUCGGUGUGGCUGAGCAAAGAGAUCGUGUGCUUCCUCUGAAUCAUAAGAUAAACUUAUUCAAGUGUUCCUCCAUCCAAUCAGUAACUUCCUUCCAAGGCCAUCUCUAUGACUUUGAUUUUGUUCCUUUUGAAGAAAUCAAUGACAACAGGGCACGUGACAGAUUCACUAUUGAUGUGAUUGGAAGGAUUGCUUCGUGUGGUGACCUUGACAUCUUCAAGAAUAAAGAAAAGGAAAGCAAAAGGAUGAACUUUGAGUUGCAAGACUUAAAUAGCCAAAUUAUCAAGUGUAUUCUAUGGGGAAAGUAUGCUGAGCAAAUGAACAAGUUCAUUUGCAACAACAAGUCAACCGAGAUGGUGAUUGCUAUCCUUCAACAUGCUAAAUUGAAGAGAUUUAACAGAGAGCUCAGUGUCCAGAAUGACAUGUAUGGAACUAGACUAUUCCUUAAUGAAGACAUCCAAGAAGCAAAUGACUUGAGGAGGGGCCUGAUAUUGAGAGAUGGUGUUGGUGCUGCUUCACAAACAAUCCUUGAGUCCCAGACUGUUUAUCCUUUACAUAAAGAGUUUGUUAUCAACACUAUCAAAAAGAAUGUGGAUGAGAUUGGGGAGUGUCAUGAGGUAUGCGUUAUUGUAUUUGUCAAUAAAGAUGGCAUUUUUGUGUUUCCAUACUGA